AUGUACUCCGACAUCGUCAAAUACGCUGUUAGGCGUAACAUUUCAAGCUUACACGGUCCAUCGCAUCUUCCAGUUUUAAUAAUGUCUGGUAUCCAUGACAACAGAAGCAGUAGCGAUGACAGUGAUCCAGAGGAUGAGCUUGAUGCAUACCUUGGUCAGCUGGAGGAUUUAACAAUUGGCCUAGGUGAUACGUCACCUGUGAAAAAAAGAGAGAAAACAAGAAUAACAGAAAACUUAGCUGUUCAAAGUUUUAGAUUCUCAGUAAUAGGAGGCCCGGGAUCAGGUGAUGGAGAUGUCACUGAUUUAGAUGAUCUUCUUGGAGAACUCUGUGUGCUAGAAAACCAGCUGAGUACAACACAGCAUCAGCUUAAUAAAGACAUUAAUGAGCAUGAAAAUGUAACAAAGAAUGCAACAAAAGACCAUAGGUUGUCAGGAGAGGAUGACCUCACUGCAGCCUUAGCUGAGCUAAGUGGUCAGUUGGACUCAAAUGAAUCCCAGUUUCAAUCUUUGUUGGGUAGUGACUCAAUUGAAGAUGUAUCAGAUUCUCAUACAGACAUUACGGACAUAGCUAGUGCAAAGCCAAAGGAUAUUAGGGUAUCUGAGAUAUAUGAGGAAGACUUUGAAGCCGCCUUGGCAGAAACUACAAAUGUCACAAAGACAGGCACAACUAGUCAAUCAACAAACUUUGCUGACAAAGACCAUACUAGUCAAUCAAUCAAAAAUACUGAUGAUGAUUUCCCUACAUGCAGUGUUAAAGUCUCACAUGGGGACCAACCUUCUGGUCCAUUCUUGCCACAUGAACCUGACUCUGGAUUUAAUGAAGCAAGUUUUUCGUCAAAUAGACAGAAAACACCAGAUAAAGUUACCAGUAGUAACAAGGUGCUUGCAAGGAAGGAAAGUUUAGAGGAAUCUAGGACUAAGAUAUUACACAGAAUGCAAAGCAUGGAAGAAUCCCUUGAGCAAGAAACUGAACUCAGUGAAGAGCAAAGAGCUGCCAUUAUGAAAGCAGAGAAAAUACAGAUUGCAAUAGAGAAAAUAAAGGAGGCAAACAUUAGGAAGCUGUUUGCUAGGAUCUUUACUAUAGAUGGCAGCAGCAAGAGUAUUCUGGUAGAUGAGAGUAUGGAGGUUCAUACAGUGAUCUUACUGCUAUUUGAGAAGAAUCACCUUCAACCAAACAUCAACUGGGCUGUGAUAGAGAAGAUACCACAGUUAUAUAUGGAACGUGUAUUAGAGGAUGAUGAUAACCUGGUUGAUUGUUUAGCCAACUGGGUGAAAUCAGGCAAAAAUCAAUUGAAUUUUGAGCGGCGUGAUGAUAAAUAUGAUCUCUUCCAGAAACCAGAGAAUUAUCUUUGUGUUGGAUCUUCAUCACAAUGUGGAACAAGGAUGGCUGAGGAGAACAGGCAAGAACUCAUUCAGGAGUUUUUCUCUACUGAGGGAACAGGGAUGGGUGUACCUGAGAUUGCUGGACUGGUUUGGUUGAAAGCUAGUGGCAAGAAGUCCUGGAAGGAAGUUUACUGUGUCUUGAGAGCAUCUGGGUUAUAUUGCAACAUGAAGGGAAAGGCUUCAAAGUCUCCCAAAGAUUUGGUUUGUCUGCAGCAGCUUGACUUCGUUGACAUCUACUAUGGUGUUGGAUGGGUGAAAAAAUACAAGGCCCCCACUGAGUACUGCUUUGCACUCAAGCACCCCAAGAUUCAAAAGAAGGCAGAUAAGUACAUAAAAUACAUGUGUGUGGAAAACCAGGAAAUGUUACAGCAGUGGAUGACAGGAAUUCGAAUUGCAAAGCAUGGAAAGUUGCUCAUGGAGAAUCACAAUAGAAUGAAGGAUGCCAUUUUUACCUGGUACACUGAGGGGCCUCCUAAUAUCAACAGCACAAACCUAAUGCCACAGACCAUUCUACCCAAGAUCAACACCCAGGAUACUAAAAGAAAAUCACGCAUCAGAGAUUCUGGGAUCCAUGAGCCACCACAGAAAGAUCAUGACACACCUAAAAUACAGGGAGAAAGUAACAGAUUGUCUGUGGCCUCAUCAGUAAGUGGGUAUACAUCUAAAUCUGACAGUAGCACAGAUUCCGUGGUGCACACUGAACAGAGCAAAACUGGAACUUUGAGGUCCAAAUCUCCUCAGAUUUUAACUGAUGAAAAUAAAUAUGGAACUAUCGGACGCUCCAAAAAGCUGACACCGAACAUACCAUUGAGUUCUGAGUUAGCAAAACGUGUCGAGAAACAAAUUGGUAGUUCUUGUCCAAAAAUCGAUGACAAUUUUACUGAGCUUCCACCCCCUACUCCUGAACAUCCUGUCUCCAGUCCCAGACCCCCAUCUCACACUCUAACAAUAGGAGAGGAACUUAAGUUGAAGUCCAAGUCACCUAGUUCAAGAGGAUCUCCCCCUUUAGCUAGAAAACCAGGAACAUCUUUAACAGAAGGUUCCCCGAAAUCAUCACCCCUUCCACCAAGAAAACCUGGUUCAAUUAAAGCAAAGAGGGUUUCAGGUGACAGUUCACUUCCUAUGCCACCCCCGCCACCUGGUUCUGCUGGUCAGGUACCCCCUCUAGCUCCACCAGCUCCUCCUAGCGGGUCAGGUCCAGUCCCCCCUCCUCCACCUCCACCCCCUGUAGGACUUCCUCCCCCUAAAGUUCAACUAAAGACAAAAGGAAAGCAAGGGCCUCCACCCCCACCAAAACGCAGUGCUAUGGUUGAAACAAUCCAAUCAAAUCAAUCAUUUAUGUCUGAUCUACAGAAAGCAUUAACGAAACGAGGGGCCCCUGCAAAGGAAAAAUCUCCAACCGAACAAUCAUCUGCAGUGGAAAAAGAUAAAAAUCUUUUGAAAGUUCCUCCUCCUGUUAAGUCAAAACCUGCUUCUCCCCGCAAUAGCAAACCUGGAUCUUCCAGAAAUAGCAGUCCUAUCCCACCUGUAGAGGUAAUUUCUGACCUUCCACCCCCUAUGACUGACCUACCACCCCCUCCACCUCCAGAAAUGGAACAAUCCAAUAUGGCUUCCUCUGAAAUGGAUAUGAAUGAUCUAGACCUCCCUCCUCCUCCCCCUGAGCUAUUGACUGCUCCUCCACAAUUGGAGCAAACCCCUACAAAAGCACCGAAACCCCCAGGGACAAAACCAAAACCUCCACCACCUAAGCGUAGCCAGCAUACAGCUUUAUCUGGAAAAUAACUAUGUGUUAUUGUCUGCAUGCAUUGUUAACUCCUUCAGAAAAUAUAAGAAGUAGGGAGUGGGGAGACUGCUAAUGAUGUAGAUGUAGAGAGGAAUAUAGAAGAGAUGAAUGGGGACAUUGGUAGGAGGUGGACAGGGGGACCAAUGAAUAUAUGCGACUUGUUCGUCACAACAUUUCUAAUAAUGACCUUUAUAUAUUCUAUAUUGGAAUAUUGUCUGAUAUGUUAUUAUUAUAUGACAUUUUAUUGUGAUAUAUCAAAAUUACAUUGUAGUAUUUGAGUUCAUGCUUCCGCACAGACAAUGAUAGUGUGUGUUAUCCAGCACAAUGAUAGUGUGUGUUAUAUGAUAGUGUGUGUUAUACAGCACAAUGGUAGUGUGU